CCUUAUUUCCUUACUAUGAAUUGACUUGAUCAUAAUAUUUGAAACAAAAUAAAAAUGGCACGUCUAAAAUCUAUUGCACUUUUCCUUGCCCUAUUUGUCGCAACUUCUGCUAUAUUCGGUGAGAGUAGGGUUGCAAGGAAGGACUUGGGUAUAGAUCUCGGGGGUGUAGGGGUAGGUUUGGGUCUAGGAUUGGGACUCGGAGGUGGGUCGGGCUCUGGAGCUGGUGCCGGUGCUGGAUCUGGAUCUGGUGGUUCAAGUUCUAGCUCUAGCUCUGCUUCAUCUAGCUCAAGCUCGAGCUCAGGUGGAGGUGGAAAUGCGGGUUCUGAAGCAGGAUCCUAUGCUGGGUCAAGAGCCGGGUCUGGGUCAAGAUCACGAGGUGGAGGCCGCGGUGGUGGAGGAGGCGGUGGAGGUGGUGGUGGUGGCGGCGGCGGCGGCGGUUCAGGUGAAGGAAGUGGGUAUGGUCACGGUGAAGGUGGCGGGUAUGGUGGAGGAUAUGGUGGCGGCGAAGACUAAAUUAAAUUUGAAGUCUGCAUGAAAUGUCGUCAACAUUCUACUGUUAAUAUCCUUUAAGAUAUAGCACCUGUAUGUGAGUAAUGUAACAGAAUAAAAAGAAAUAAGGUGUCCCAUAGAAAAGUCUAUUUGCUUGUUUGUGUUUUCAACAUUUCAAUAUGUUUUAUUAUUCCAGUAUCCAAAUAACAUCAUGUAUUAUUUUAUGUUUAUUGUAAUGAUAUUUUUUAUUUUUAUAAAUUGAGAAGUUCAGCUUUGCAUCUGAUA